UUGUGGCGAAAAAGGCAUUGGAAUGCAACCAACAACCAAAUGAAGGAAAUGAACGAUCCCUUUUCUUCUUCUUUUCUCACCCACUGCUCUUCUUCCAUUUUCCAACCCUUUCUGUCUUCUUCUUCUUCUUCUUCUUCUUCUUCCCCUUCUUCCUCCAUCUUAAUAUUACCAUUAUUCUAAACACACCAAAGCCUUCCCUUCCCUUCCCUUCCCUUUUGCCUCCUCACUCUCUUCUUCUUUUCCUUUGCUUUUUACUUCUUCUUCUUCUUCUUCUCCAAAUCCAUCCUCUCCAUACUCAUAUUAAGAUGAAAGGCCUCCUCAAAGGCCUCAAAUUCAUGUCCCAAAUGUUUGAAAAUGAGAAAGAACCUGAAAUGCAGAUUGGCCUUCCCACUGAUGUCAAGCAUGUUGCCCACAUUGGCUUGGAUGGCCCCUCUGUUAAUUCUCCUAGCUGGAUGACCGAAUUUAAAGCUCCGCCUCCUUCAUCUGCCCCUAAUGGAGAUAUCAAAGCCCCGAACGGAGAUGCCUCUGUCCAAUGGGCAUCUCAAGAGUCAAAAAGGGAUAUGGCAGUUACGACCCGUGACUUGCCGGAGCUACCAAAAUCGUCGAGACGGCAGUCGUCGACCGUCGGCGAGUCUACAGGGAAGGAGAAAUCGGAGAAAGUAAGGUCAAAGAAAUCUUCAAAGUCGAAGGAAUCUACUACGUCCAAUGGCGUCAGAGCGUCCCGCCGGAGCGCUGAUCUGAACCAGGGCGGCGAGUCUCCGACGCAGGCCGCCCCUGGAAUUCCGAAAAAAGCGCGGCGGAAGAGAUCGAAAGAGGACGGAUCGACGAGAUCCAAAUCCAAAGCCACGGCGACGGAGAGUUGUUCGUCUCAGUUCUCUGAUAACGGGUCGGAUGCCGGAUCCAUAGCCGGAUCCAUUUCCAGAUCCAACGACGAGGACUUGUUAACGGGAGACGUUUUCACGUGAAAAAAAGGGGAAGAAGGAAAAGGGGAGAGGGGCAAUUAUGUAAUUUAAGGUCGUAGGUAGGGUAACUCUUUAGUUUUACAGCAUUUUUUUACUUUUCUUUUUGAGUUAAGUCUCGAGACAUAUGAACUGGGUGUCCGGAGCACUAACUUGCAUACGUGUUCAAAAUGUUCGAUGACCCAAAAAACUCAAUCAACCCCGUACAGUUUGGGUUGUGUUUAAAUAAAUGAAAACUUUAUGAAUUUGAUUGGUUCAUGUA